AACAAAAGGCGGGUCGGCCGAGAGACCGCUGCCUUCUUCUCCUCGACUUACGCCGACUCGCGUAGUGAACGUCAGCCGACUGACGUGGCCGGCCGUGUUUGCGUUCGCGCGUUUGACAUCCGUUAAAAAAAACAUUCCGCGCGUCUUCUGAAUUUAAACUUUUUAAAACUGACUGGGUUUUUUAUUGGUGCGCCACAGUGCAUGGAUUGAUUUGUUUCCUUUGAAGACAAAUUGGAAGUAUUGCAGUGAAGUCAUAGUCGGUGGUAUUGGCCGUUGAGACGCUAUAAAGUGAUGUAUCAGCGACCGCCGGGCAAUUAGCGAUUGCUUCGUAAACAAAGCCUUUCGCCUAAACUGCAGACUCUUGGAAUAUUUUGGUGCGGCAGUCCGGAGCAGGCCAGCAAGCUGUUUUACCCCUAUCUGAAGACGUCCUCCCUCCACAGGGACUUCCUCUUCGCCAGUGGCUCCGGUAAGUGCCAAGACGAGUCGGGAUGCGAGGCUGAUAUGUCGGAGGGCGCGGAUGUGGGGCGCCACUCGCCGCCCCGGCCGCAGCAAGAGCCCAUCAACCUUAAGAAUGAGCAGGCGGAGUCUGACCGGGAGAGCGGCGCGAGCUCGCCGGAGGCGGCCCGUCAGCUAGCAGAGCCGCGGACCCCCUCCCCGCGCCGCACCCCGCACCAGCUGAAUGGCUCCAUGGCGUCCAUGUUCCAAAAUCUGCAGAACCUGGCCAGCAUGCAGCAGAACAUGCCGCAGCAGAUGUCCCAGCAGCUGCAGCAGCAGAUGUCGCAGCAGAUGUCGCAGUUAGCUGCCAACCUGCAGGGGCUGACGUCCAUGCCGUCCUCCGUCAUCAACUCGCCUUUGAACCUGAGCGUCAGCGCGCCAGGCAUGGGAUCCCCCAACCCCGUUGGCAACAGCAACAUGCUGCCGCCGGCCAUGCCGUCGCCCAUGCCGCAGCUCAUCCUGGCUUCAGGGCAGCUUGUACAGGGCAUACAGGGAGCUCAGCUGCUAAUACCGACCUCACAGGGUAUCGCCAUGCAAACCAUUCUCACAAUACCAGUUAAUCACGUCAACUCCAACGACCAGAUGGUGAACCUGGCCCUCAAUAACGGGCAGGUCGUCUCAACAUCACUAGCGAACCUGCAAGCCAUGGCUCAACCACACCAGCUCCUCAACUCCAACCCUCAACAACCAAGACCCAACAUGCUCAACCCUACACUGAGCAAUGCACUAUUGAAUCCAGGGUUACCGAACUUCUUGUCCAACGGAGCUUCAAGCGCUCAAGAGCUGCUUCAAGCCUUCCAGCAGCCUCAACCUAAUCAUAAUCUCCUUCAAACUGUGCAGCAGAACAAUCUGAAUCAGCAGAUGCAAGGACGGCGGUCGUCGUCCCCAAGGCCUGAUAGGCAUUAUAAGGAGCGGGAGAACUUUGAGAGAUACGCGAGCAGUUCGAGGGAAAGGAGUGAGAGAGAGAACCAAGGGAGUGCGGCGAUUAACAGUAUUAACAGGCUCGCAGCUUCCAACGGCGAGAUCACGAUCACGACAUCAGCACACUCCGGCACCGGCAGCUCCGCGGGCUCUGCACCAGCUCCAUCACCCCAUGCGCCCGUCAAGAUGUCGCCCGGCUCCGUCAAGAGCUCGCACGACGACGACCUGCUGGCUGACUCGCCAAAUCAACCAACAAUAAGCCAGUCGUCCAGUAACGUCGUGGACGGAAUCAACCUAGAAGACAUUAAGGAAUUCGCAAAAGCCUUCAAGUUACGGCGGCUUGGCCUAGGCCUCACCCAAACACAGGUCGGCCAGGCCUUAUCCGUCACCGAAGGCCCGGCCUACAGCCAAAGCGCCAUUUGCAGUGCCCUGGCUUCGCAGAUGCUAGCAGCUCAGCUGUCGUCACAGCAACAAAACAUAUUUGAGAAAUUGGAUAUAACACCAAAAAGUGCGCAGAAAAUCAAACCGGUGCUCGAACGUUGGAUGAAGGAAGCUGAAGAGAGGUAUGCAACUGGGCAGAACCAUCUGACAGACUUCAUCGGUAUGGAGCCAAGCAAGAAGCGUAAGCGGCGGACUUCGUUCACACCGCAAGCUUUGGAGCUGCUCAACGCGCACUUUGAGAGGAACACGCAUCCGUCUGGUACAGAAAUAACCGGCCUGGCACACCAACUGGGCUACGAACGCGAAGUCAUUAGAAUAUGGUUCUGCAAUAAACGCCAAGCUCUCAAAAACACCGUCAGAAUGAUGUCGAAAGGAAUGGUCUAAAUCUAAUUACAACACCCAUUUUAAGAUCUACUCACGGUGCGUCCAAACCGAGCUAAUUUUUCCCGCCAAAGCCAAUUUAAACACCUGUUAUUAUAAUAUAUUGUGUGUCUGAAACGCAACUCCUUGUUACGAUUGACUCACCGGCAGCCAAGAAUAAGACAGUUUUAAUAAUUAGUUCAGUGUGGACGUACUAUAACUGACUGGAAAACGACAUAGACUACCGUAAAAUUUUUGAGUUACAACUUGUAACAUGGCGCGAUUAGUCCAUUUCCAUGAACCACAGAUGCUAGAGAACUUAGUGAUGGGAUACAGAUUAUCGAUGAUUUUGUUACAAUUUUACUGCGUUUCGUUUUUGAUUUGUUUAAAAAAGUACAUUAUGGUGACAGACAUGUUGCAUUUAUAUAAACGACAUAUUUUUCCUUACUCUGAUUUAAACUAAAGACAGCUUAUAAGAUGAGAAGAGUUUUCUUACUCAGUUGUUUCAUUACACAACGUCAUUCCAACCCACCUAUACUAUGUUCCUUUACUAGAUAUUCUAAACUGUCCUAAAUCUUUAUUAAAACAAAAUAGAUUUCUAGAAAUAAUAAUUUUACCGCACCAUCUUACAUUUCAAACAAAAAAAUGUUUGUACGAAAACUCACAGGAAUUUCGCUCUUAAUAUAAAAAUUCAAUACGGAUAAGAUUUUUGAUAAAAUGUAAAAUUAAAAGAAAUUUCGACUGAAAUAUUUGUCUCGGCGUAGUUUUAACCGUAAAUGGAGUAUUGUAGAAUAGGCAUAGGUGUCUAGUACAAAAUCAUUACCUAAUAUCGGGUUCCUGAUAAAGCCAUUUUUUGCUAAAUUAUACAAAGCUUGCGUACUAGAACUAUGAGGAUGCAAUCGGGUGCAUGUCCCUAAAUCCAGUAAAAAAAUGUUCUGUAAGCGCUUGAACUUCUCACGUGCGUCUUAAUUUGAUGUUCAAGAACAGGGCAGCAGUUUUAUGUAGCAAAAUAUUGCAUUUUGUAAAUAAGUACAAUAUUAAAUUCACGAUACUUGAUAAAGUAGAUGAUAAAUUAAUUUAUUGAAAUACUCUGAGUUGUUCCGUUCUACUUAGCGAAUGUUGCACUUUACAAGUUUUAGUAAUAAUCGAUAUUAUGAAAGUACGUAGAUUUAAAUAAUUAUGUCGUCUGUCUUAGUGGCCUACUCAGAUUUUUUUAUCUAGUAGGUUUUUGUUGAUAGAUAGGAUAUAAAACGAUAUGUAAGUACAUUGUAGUUAAUAAAUACGUCAGCGUAAAUGUAAAUAUCGUUUGUGUUUUUGUUUCGUAUAGUGUAUUAUUAAUUUUAAGUUAAAGAGUAAUUUAGCUUUGAACGAUAAUUUGUAUGAAUUGACAAGUUGGAUUUUUGUGGCCACAUUAACAAUUGAUUGUUUCACAUAUUAAAAUAUUUUAAUUGAUCACUUUAUCGUGCAUGUUUCAUUAUAAAUACACGUAACAGGGGGUCUCUCAAUAUCUAUAUGUUAUGUGCAUAUUAUUUUGGGUAGAUAUUAUUUACAAAAAAAACUAUAAAAUUGCCUCGCAUUUGGAAAUGUAGAUUUUGAAGUACAUUAUUAUAUUCAAAGAUUUUCAAAAAAUGGUCGUUAUUACAAUGUUUUAUAAGUGUUUUGUGCCCGAAAAGUAUGCACAAAUGAUUAUAGUCUGGUCAAGCUUUUCAUUUUGGUAACUUGCGACUCUUUUUAAUCGACUCCAUAAUUAGAUAAAAAUAACAUAAACUGCGGUUACUAUUUGAGGUAUUUCAAAAUUCUAGUGAUUUAAUUAGUAUACAAUCCUUGAUAAAAUGGGGUUACUAUAUAAAGUAUACGUACAGAAAACUGUUACCAUCUCAUAAAGCCAUAUACUUACAGAUUAGUUUAUGUUUUAGUGACAUCUUAAUUUGGUCCAUAAGGAUAAUUUUCAAGAAAAAUCGUAUUACUUAGAGUGGCAAGUGUAAAUAAUUUAGUUAGAAAGUUUUCAACUAAGACCUACUGUUAAUUGUAUUACCGAUAGAAUAAGAUGUAAUUUAACGUAUGUUAAUGACCAAUGAAAACCAACUUGUGAUCAUUAAUAUUUGUACUGUUACCUACUACUUUAAACAAGAGUCGUUAAAAAAUAAUAUUAUAAUAAAAUUGAACAUAUUUUUCGGCUGUUGAAAAAUUGUAAAUACAAUAUUAAGGAUAAUAAAAACUAUUUGGAUUAAUAUUUAGGAACAAAGGGAAAAAUAUUAUCAAAAUUUAUAUUUUCAAAAAUUAUUACAAGUGCAAAAAGUGUAUUUAAAAAGGGAUGUUUGGCCAUAAUCAAAAUUUUACAUGGAACGGAUUUUUUAUCGACUUUAGCACAACACUCCACACACACAAGCAGUAAGGUACACAGUGACUCAAAAUUGUGCGGUGCGACUUUGAACCUUAUCUACUUAAGCCGGAAUCAGGUUUUUCGUCACCACAAAUAAUAUAAUACAAUGCUCUAGAUGACUUUAGUAGUAAUUUAAAUACCUAAUCGGAAAACAGUUUAGUAAACGUGCUAACGAAGAAAGUAGAUGUACAACGCAACGAAAAGCCUGAUUCCCAUCAAACAUUAGUGUAAUAGAGAAGGCAUUUAGGAUGCUAAGUACAAAGGAUAAUUUAACUAUUAAACUGCUAGUCCCGUUAUGAAUAAAAUAAUUAAAUCUUAAUUGUUACUGGGCAAAUUCGCAUCGCACCGGUUUUCAUAAUUCGCAUGUAACUUGUAAACAAUAUAAUAGUCUAAAUACAUAAAAUCUACACAUAACUCAGCUGUAACACAUAUUCAAACCAAACUGUAACAAUAUGUAAUAGUGUAUUAAUUUUUUCUUCCUGUAAUGGUACCGAACGAAUGACUAUGGCUGCUGGUUUAUGAAGAAAAGCAGAAUAAAGGCAGAUAACUGUUUGAAA